AUGCCUCUUAGUCCUGUGCUGACAUUCAACAACCGCACAACUGGCAUGAUUGCCCAGGCGGUCGCCUUGAUGAUGGUCUGGCUGGCCCCGAGAGGGGAUGGAGCUUUGAUUCGCUGCGAGAAUGCGAAAGAAGCGCUGAAUCGUGCAUGUCAGCUCCUCUCAGUCCAUGGUUCGUGGUCCUGGAUGCCAAAGAUGGCAUGCGUGCUGGCUCGAACGAUUGUGGGGCUUCAGUCAGAAGUAGCUCAACUCGAAAGCAUUUGCUAUCGCUCAUGGGACUAUAGACAACCAUCACGGGCUGUGUUGGACAGCAUUGCUGGCCUGUCUCCAGACACGGCGGCUCUAUGGCAGUCGGAGCUGCAUGCCGCAGCUAUGCUUUUCGAUGACUUUGCCGCAGAGCUUGCUCGGAGUGGGAACCUCGAGGUCUGGGGCACCAUCCGCCAUGCCGCUGAUGGCACACGUGAUUUGCAUGACCUUGUGGGCGUGCACAUUACCAGGGUGUCGCAGCUGAAGGACCCAUAG